UUCAAAAUUGUCUAAUCCUAGAGGAUCGGUACAAUGGCCUAAGGGAAGAUCUGCUCAUUCCAGUGUAUUGAUUAACACUAGCUCAGGACCACACCUACUAGUGGUGGGUGGUAUGACCUAUGAUUUUUGGAUAUUCGAUAUUAUAAAUAAAUUAUGGAAGCAACUGCUUAAUAUGCCAAAGAAUGUCACUAAUAGAUACAAUCAUUCUCUCUCAGUAUUAAAUGUGACACCAGCCACUAACUGGAUAAUUAUUUUUGGAGGACUCACAUCAUACAAUGAUACAGCAGUUGUUGAACUCAGAUAUACUGGUAAUGAUGAUUGGUCUACUAGUAUAAUACCUCUGGACCAGUAUCAAGAGAAACUACAAGAAAGGAGAAGAGAAUGGAAAGCACCUCAACCUGUUCAAUCUGAAGAUAGAAGAGAAAUAGAGACAUGUGUACUGCAAAGGGAACUACAGAAGGAGAGAAGAGAAAAAGAACAAUUUAGAACUGAACUACAGCAACUUCAACAAGCACAGCAACAAGGUCAAGAAAGAGCGGGAGAGGCAAAGGAAACAGAGAGGCAGGCCACGGAACAAAAGCAUGACUUUGAUCAACUGCUUCAAGAUUUUCAACGACUGCUUCAAGAGCAAGAUGAGCAAUUUCAACAAACACAGCAACUAGGACAAGAAAGAGAGAGACAGGCCAGGAAGAAAGAACAAGAUCUUCAACAACAGCUUCAAGAUCUUCAACAACAGCAACAAGAAAGAGAGAGGCAGACCAGGGAACAAGAGCAACAGCUUCAGGACCUUCAAAGACUGCUUCAAGAGCAAGAUCAGCAACUUCAACAAGCACAGCAAGAAGGACAAGAAAGAGAGAGGCAGGCCAGGGAACAAGAGCAUGAUUUUCAACAACUUCUUCAAUAUCUUCAAACACAGCAACUAGGACAAGAAAGAGAGAGGCAGGCCAGGGAGAAAGUGCAAGAUCUUCAACAACAGCUUCAAGAUCUUCAACAACAGCUUCAAGAGCAAGAUCAGCAACUUCAACAAGCACAGCAAGAAGGACAAAAAAGAGAGAGGCAAGCCAGGGAACAAAAACAUGAUUUUCAACAACAUCUUCAAGAUCUUCAAACACAGCAACAAGGACAAGAAAGAGAGAGGCAGAAGCGAGAGCAAGAUCUUCAACAACAGCUUCAAGAUCUUCAACAACUGCUUCAAGAACGAGAUCAACAUCUUCAACAAGCACAGCAGCUAGGACAAGAAAGAGAGAGGCAGGCCAGGGAGAAAGUGCAAGAUCUUCAACAACAGCUUCAAGAGCAAGAUCAGCAACUUCAACAAGCACAGCAAGAAGGACAAGAAAGAGAGAAGCAGGCCAGGGAACAAGAGCAAGAUCUUCAACAGCAGCUUCAAGAUCAUCAAAGACUGCUUCAAAAGCAAGAUGAGCAACUUCAACAAGGACAAGAAAGAGAGAGGCAAGCCAGGGAACAAGAGCAAAAUCUUCAACAACAGCUUCAAGAUCUUCAAAGACUGCUUCAAGUGCAAGAUCAGCAACUUCAACAAGCACAGCAAGAAGGACAAGAAAGAGAGAGACAAAUUCAACAGGCAAGGGAAACAGAACAAGAACUUCAACGACAACUGCAAGAAAGAGAGCAACAGCUUGGGGAAAGAGAAAGAGAGUUCCAAGAAAGGGAGAGGCAACUUGAAGAGCAAAUACAAGUGGUAGAGUCUUCCUGGGUAGUGAAUAGAAGAGAGAUUACAAUGACAGAGGUAGUCCUUGGUAAAGGAGGAUGGGGAGAGGUCAAGGUAGCUAGUUUUCGUGGUCUGAAGGUUGCUGCAAAGUGUCUUUAUGACAUUAUCAUUUCUGCUCAUAACAUUAGGAAAUUCUCUCAUGAAAUGAAUAUUGCUUCUGAAAUACGUCAUCCUAACCUCCUUCAGUUCAUAGGGGCCACUACAGAGGGUAAUCCAAUCAUCCUGACAGAGCUAAUGCCAACCAGCCUAAGAAAGGAAUUAGAGACUGGAGGACUGGCCUAUCCUGCCAUACUGAGCAUCAGUUUAGAUGUAGCCUAUGCUCUCAAUUACCUUCAUCUCUUCAAGCCUCAUCCUAUACUACAUAGAGAUAUUAGCAGUGCUAAUGUACUCCUCCAGCCAAUGGUAGGAGUAUGGAAAGCUAAAGUGUCUGAUUACGGUACAGUUAGUUUUCAGCCUCUUGCUAAAACAUGCAAUCCUGGUAAUCCUGUCUAUUCAGCUCCAGAAUCUCCUUACCCAAUACAACAUUCUCCUGCAAUGGAUGUCUUCAGUUAUGGUGUCCUCCUUAUUGAGAUGGUUCUUUGUCAGUUUCCAGAGGAAGACAAGAGUAUGAGAGAGGCUCAGAUUAAAGCUAUCAAGAGGCUGACAUUGAAGAAUCUCAUUGAACGUUGUCUGAUAGAGAACUAUAGGCAUCGUCCAACAAUGUCUGACAUUAUAAAAGAAAUAAAUGAAAGCAUCUAGUGAAGCAGUGUACACUUCAUUGAACUCAGUAUUGCCCUCUGAUCCAUUCUGGGUACCCUCCACUGAAAUGGAAUUAGAACAUUAUCAGUCACUGUCUGAGAGUCAAGCAAGAAUAAAGG